AGUAUCAUUUCUUUUGUCCUACUCAACUGUUCUUAGGUUUGCCUAUAAUUUCACCUCAUUAAAGAAUAACUUGAAAGUAGUUUCUUCUUUUGUUUGAGUAUAGUAUGGAAAUUGCUUUGGUUCUUAUAAAAAUCUUCCUAUAAUUAGUAGGAAAAUAUCAUUUUGUAACUGUGAAUCUUUUUAGAAUUACACUCAGAGUUUGGCUGUGUGAUAGACAUCUUAAAAUGGCCCGAGACUCCAUUUCUAUGGUGUUGUUAGCCAUGACUGUUGGGGGAUUGUGGAACCCAGAAGAUUGGGACUCACCUUGGAAAACCGCUGCUUACGACGUCUAUGCCAAAACUGUUGAUUCUUUCCAACUGACCUACGUAUUUCUCAAAUUCAUGCACACCUACCACAGCAAGGAUUAUAAACAUUACAGUGUCUUUGUGGAAAGUCUAUUUGAAUCUUUGUACAUCCUGAUCAUAACUGUACAGCGGUUUCUGUUACGAUGGGAUAGCAAAAAACUGAAGACCAUCGUAGAAAAUCUGAAAGGACUCCAAAAUUUUUCACACAAUAGUCAGUUCUACUCCUGCUACGAAAAACACGCCAAACGCAUCAAUUUAAUCUUUGCUGCGGGGACUUUUGUCGCUGUCAUCCAGGUUUUCAUCAAGUUGAUGAUUGGUUCUGCAAGAGAUCCUGCAAGCGAGGCCUACUGGAAGAAGAAGUAUCCGGAGCAUAAGUUGUUUGUAGACAUUUGGUUACCGUUUGAUGAAACUGUAUCCCCGUACUAUGAAGUUGUCAAGCCAUUGAAUCUUGUGGCGAUGUUGCUCACUUGCUUUUCUCUCUACAUCUUCAGCGUCAUCAUUCCGAUCAUCUCUAUCCGCAUUUGCUACCACUUCAGAAGUCUGUCACACAUGCUUGAGAAUAAUAUGAUUAUCGGCAGGAGAGAUGUUUCUCUUGCUAUGUCCAACAAGGAGCUUAUUCAAAAACGUGAUUUGAGAAGUUUGAUUCAAUAUCAUCAAAACAUUUUGAGCAUCAUGUCCUUGAUCAACUCCUUGUUCCAUGUCAUUGUUCUUUUGAAGCUUCUAUUUCUAUCGCUGCCGAUUCUACUUUGCGCUUUAACACUCUCCCAGGUAAUUUUCAUAGUUUUAGCUAAUUAUAAAGAUAACUUAGAGAUUUCUGUCCCUUAUUUAUAUUCCUCAUUAUUAGUUGUAUCUUGGCCAAAAGAACAUUUUGAAGUUCACGAUAGUUUACCAAGUAAUUUAGAAUAAAAAUCAUACAGUUCAUAGUAAUACCUAGAUUGGUUAGACAAAUAAGUUAGUUGACUAAUAACUUUAUAAUUUUUUUCAGUCAUCAAUUACGAGUUUCCAUUUUCUGCGCUACG